AUGUCUUUAGACAACAUACCAGCCAAAGUCAUAUCGGGCCAGGCGCCUAAAGAUCAACCAAGUGAAAUACCGGAGGUUGCGCCUCCGUAUGCGCUCCACUGUUCGGGCGCCCUUCUGUCAAAUUCCACAACUAUCAACCCCGAUGCCACCUUCAAUGUCAACUUCUCGUCCACGUCGCCAGAACAGUUGACCCGAGUCCUACCUCCGCUCCCAUCGCCCUCUUGCGAACCGCCCGUUGCUACUGCCGCUAGGUGUCCGCCACUAAACAUCGUGAUCCAGGUGGUUGGCAGUCGAGGAGAUGUACAGCCGUUCAUUGCACUCGCUACGGCCUUGCUGCGAUAUGGUCACCGCGUUCGACUCGCGACCCACGACACAUUUGCCAGUUUUGUAAGAUCGUCCGGCAAUGGCCUUGAGUUCUAUCCAAUUGGAGGAGACCCCGAGGAUCUCAUGUCCUACAUGGUUCGGAACCCCGGGCUUGUCCCGUCCCUAGAAAGUCUCCGCGGGGGUGAUAUCUCGCGAAAGCGACAAAUGAUGCGAGAAAUGUUGCAAGGCUGUUGGAGGUCGUGCUUCGAACCAGACGAAAUCUCCCAUAAACCCUUUGUUGCUGACGCCAUCAUCGCCAACCCCCCCAGUUUUGCCCAUGUGCACUGCGCACAAGCGCUCGGAAUACCAGUCCACAUGAUGUUCACCAUGCCCUGGACUGCGACGAGGGCGUUUUCGCACCCUCUGGCAAACGUCCAAAGCGACAACGUGGACCUCAAAGUGUCCAAUUAUCUGAGCUUUGGAGCGGUUGAACUAAUGACGUGGCAAGGCUUAGGAGACGCCAUAAACCAGUGGAGGCGGCAUGAUCUGUACUUGGAUCCUCUGCCGGCCAGCGUGGGCCCCGACAUUGUCGACAUGUUGAAAAUACCGUUCACGUACUGCUGGUCGCCUGCUUUGAUCCCGAAACCUAGCGAUUGGGGCUCCAAUAUAGGCGAGAGAAAAGAAUUCUAUAUUUGCGGAUUCUUCAUGCGCGAUGAGCCAUCCUACACACCGCCCGAUGAGCUUGCCGCCUUCCUCGCUGCUGGGCCUGAGCCUAUCUACGUCGGAUUUGGGAGCAUCGUGCUUGAGGACGCAGUCAGGAUGACUAACACCAUACUUGAGGCCUGUGGGUUGGCUGGCGUCAGGGUCAUCGUGUCCCGGGGCUGGAGUAAGCUAGGUGGCAGUGAUCCUAACACGGACGAUGUCUUAUAUCUUGGUGACUGCCCCCACGAAUGGCUCUUUAAACGUGUUGCAGCUGUUGUCCAUCACGGUGGAGCAGGCACCACAGCUUGUGGCCUCUACCACGCGCGUCCAACUAUCAUCGUGCCGUUCUUCGGCGACCAACCCUUCUGGGGCAACAUUGUUGCAGCAAACAAUGCCGGUCCGCGUCCGAUACCCCAUAAGUCCCUGACGCCCGACAACUUGGCAGCCGGCAUCAAGCUCUGUCUUGAGACCGAAACGCGCACCUCGGCUCAGGCCAUCGCCUCCCGAAUGCAUCAAGAAUGUGGCGUCGACAGAGCCGUUGAAUCUUUCCACCGCCACCUACCCGUGGAAGAUCUCACUUGCGACUUGCUGCCUCAACGCGCCGCUCGAUGGACGUACCACCCGCAAGGAGACCCGAAGCUUGGCGUUGUCAGGCUCUCCGAUGCCGCACUCAAAGUUCUUCUUGACCAAAAGCAACUGAAGAUUUCCAACGUCAAAGCACUACAACCCAAAGACUACGACGUUGAUCCGCAGCGACGGGACCCCCUGACUGCCAGUGCGUCGUCCUUGCUAGGCAUGAUGACGGACUUCACAAUGUCGCUCGGCGGGGCCUUCAUCGACCCUUACAAGGAGUACAAGCGCAGCCGAGCUAGUCGAGGCGAUGGUCCGGCCCCUAGCGUCUCCGCCGCGAGGGCCGUCGGACAGGGGCUCACCGGCAUGACGACUACGGUCGCAAAGGGCGCGCUCGUUGACGUGCCACUAGCACUGGCCGAAGGCUUGAAGAACACCCCGCGGCUCUAUGGCGAAACAGUCGAAGACCAUGGUACUGUCAAGGACUGGAAGAGUGGCGGUGUUGUUGCUGCAAAGAAUUUUGGGUCCGGAUUUUACCGCGGCAUCACCGGCGUCGUCACAAAGCCAAUCGAAGGCGCAAAAGCCGAAGGCACGGUUGGGCUCCUGAAAGGAAUUGGCAAGGGUUCCCUUGGCCUUGUUACCAAGCCAGGCAGUGCCAUGUUUGGUCUUGUCGCGUAUCCUGCGCAGGGUGCCUACAAAAGCGCCAGGGCCUUGAAUCAAAAGAAAGUUGAAGGCUUGGAGGCAGGGAGACUGUCCAGCUUGGAGUUGGCAGCUGGUUGUGUGCAUCCGUCAGAUAUUCCAGCUCUGGUGAAGGCCUUCAGAAGGAUAGAAUUGGCAUAAUAGAUGUUUUGGCCUAGCUUGGGUCCCGAAA